AACCAAGUCUAAAAGUUCUCUUUCGAUAUUUGGUAAAAAAAGUUGAGUGUUUUUAAUAAAAUAAAUCUUCCAAUUCUUUUAUAUAAAUACUUGUCUUUCUUCAAAUAUUCUUUUUUUUUUUCAAAUAUUCUUCUAUGCUACAUAUACUUUUUAUCUUAGAAAAUUUCGUCUGUGGUUGUGUUAUUAUGGUUUUGUAAAUUGUCAAUAUAUGAAAAACCAGAGAGCCAUCUUUGAGGAAUACCAAACACGCAUGAAUUGACCUUGUAAACAUUCCACUACGUGUUCAUGAACAUCUACACAUAAUAAUUAUUAUAUAAGAACUUGGUAGUCACGUCUUUGCUCUUUUUAUAUGGUAAAGAAAUGUUUCUUUCCAUCUGAUCAAGUCAUCUAAAAAAAAUCAUCUCUCAUCUUUGAUACCUUUUUCAGGUUAAAGAUCUGAAUCAUGGAGGAGGCGAAACCGAUGAAGAGUUUGACGGGCAGCAGCAGCAGAGAGUCAUUGAAGACCAAGAAUCCGUUUAGCCGUGUGCUGAAUGAAGAAGACGACAACAAAAGCAAGGCAGGAUUGUCAAUGAGGAAGUCUUGGUCCACGGACUCGCUUGGUCUGCUCGGUAACAGCAACACAUUGGGGAAGACAUGCAUCUGUGCUCCAACAAAGCACGAAGGAUCCUUCCGUUGCAGGCUUCACCGUACAUCUGCCACAAGCCAAGGUGCAACAGCUGCUACGCAACUUCAUCUACCAAAGCCCUUGCUUCCUUCUAGUCGUCUCAGUGACUACUAGUCUUUUUGUGUUGUUCACAUCAUGAUUGUUCCAGUUUUUUUGUUAUUCACAAAAACCAAAAUGGCGUGGUAUUUUUUUAUACAUGUGAUACACAUUGUAACUCAUGUGUUUGGGCAUCUAUGUGUAUG